AUGUACGUCGGCCAUCCGGGAAAUGCUGCUACAUGCUGGCUGUUAGACUGCAACUGGAUGCGACUGGAUGCAGCUGGACGUCUCGCUUACGAGCAGCCGUGUUAUGCGGGCUACAAGCUUCGUAGGAUUAGAGGGCUGUUCGGUUCCCGAAUACAUGGCGUGGCUGGCGGCAAAUCCCCGAAUGCCAAGCACAUAUCUGAUAAGCUGUCGGGUAGUUUUGCUCCCUCGAAACGCCUUGCCCUGAGUGUUGGUGGCACGACAGCAACUCUGGCCGAAAGGGGGUGUCAAGAAAAAGAAAAAACACUCGUCCUUCUCGCAGCGUCAGUGACGCAGACGAGGGCGCUGGCAAAGGAGCCGCAUGGUUUCUUUUUUGGAGAAACCCCGCAACAGGACAGCGACGUUGAUGUUCCCUGUAAGACCCUUGAAACUUUGUUGUGA